AUGUCGAAAAUUUAUAGUCUUGAAUUCGAAGUUCUUGAUAUCACUGGAAACAACUAUUUGGCUUGGACAUUAGAUGCCGAAUUUUCCCUUAGUGCAAAGGGACUCGAAGGUACAAUCCUAGAAGGAAAUCAAGCCGGAAAUCAAGAUAAAGCAAAGGCUAUGAUAUUCCUUCGUCAUCACCUCCAUGGGGAUCUCAAAAAUGAGUAUUUGACGGUGAAAGAUCCACAAGUCCUUUGGAAUGACUUAAAUGAAAGGUAUGAUCACCAGAAAAAUGUGAUUUUACCUAAAGCUCGUUAUGAAUGGACACAUCUGAGAUUACAAGACUUUAAGUCUGUAAGUGAUUACAACUCAGCCUUGUUCAAAAUUACUUCCAAGGUAGAGUUAUGUGGGGAGAAAAUCACGGAAGCUGAUAAGUUAGAGAAAACAUUCUCUACUUUUCAUGCAAAUAAUGUUGUCCUGCAGACACAAUACCGUGAAAAGGGAUUCCAAAAGUAUUCCCAACUUAUAUCUUGUUUCCUUGUGGCUGAGCAAAACAAUGAGCUUUUGAUGAAAAAUCAUGGACUACGUCCAACUGGUUCUGCUCCAUUCCCUGAAGUGAAUGUGACUGAACAGAACAACAAUGGCCGCAGAAAUGGCUACACUCGUGGUCGCGGUCGUGGUCGUGGUCGUGGUCGUGGACAUGGUCGUAGAGAUACACGUGGGCGUGGAUAUGGUCAAAUUCGAGUCUGA